AAGGCUUAAGAGGACUGGAUUAUCGGGAACCGGCCUCAGUGUGUGACCCGCGUGCACUUCUCCUCUCGAUUACAAUAAUUAUUAAAUAUGCAUAUACCCACCUACAAUCACGGCAUAUCAACUCGAGUGUAAUAUACGCGGUCGUACCGACAUAAACUCCUCGCACGAUGCGUCACUACUGCAACCACUGCUUGUACCGUUGCCCCGUUGAAUCAGGAGAGGACAUGGAUCGCCGUCGUACCGGGAUGGGACCCUAGUGUGUGCCCAUCGUGGCCAGAAGCAAGUACCGUCAACAACAUCAUCGCAUAUCGCAUUCGCAUCGAUCGCCAACGAAAUGCCGGCCUGUGGCAGCGAGGCCCCCUGCAGCCUCCAGGGCCUGUGGCCCAACAAGAACGCCCUCGCCUCGCCGCUCGCCCAAAAUCAACGACAUCAGGUGCACUGCCACCACCACCACCACCAUCACCACCACCACCACCACCACGACACGAAUCACCAAGGUGGCCGAGGGACGAGACAACCCGGUUACCUGCACCGUGCCCUCGCCUGCACCAUCCUCGGGCCGCUCCUCUGGCUCCUGGGGUGGCUGUGGCUGUGCUGGCUGCUCCUCCUGCGGUUGCCCCUGGCCCUGCUGAGCUUACUCUUGUCGCGCCAGACGAGCCAACAGCGCCACCAGCAGAGAAACCGUAGCCCAGCCCGGGGUGGUCGCUGCGUCCUCGUGAGCGGGGCCAACACCGUCCAAGCGGUGCACAUCAUCAGGGGCCUCAGCCGGGCGGCGGGGGUCAAGCGCGUCGUCGUCUGCGAGCUACAGGCCUUCGGGCUGGCCCGGUUCUCGCGCGCCUGCUGCAGCUACCACACCCUGCCCCGCACGAGCAACGCGGCCGAGUACGUCAACGCCCUCAGGGACAUUGUGCGCCGGGAGGGGGUCGAGCUGUACGUGCCGGUGAGCGCCGCCGAGUCCUCCUCGGCCCCGGGGGGCGCCUACUUCGACAGCCUGGCCCGACCCCACCUGGAAAAGUCCCUCGGGUGCGAGUGCCUCGUGCCCCGGGCGGCGGAGGUCGCCCUCCUCGAGGACCCCGAACAACUCCAGAGGCUCGCCCGGGCCCAAUCCCUGCCCACGCCCCAGCACGCCCUCGUGCCCCGGCUGUCGGACGCGGCUCGGCUCUACGAGGGUGGGGGACUGUUGCGCGUGAGGGGCCGGUGCUACGCCUUCCCGGUGGGACCCUCGGGUCUCCGGGCUCGGCCCAAAUCGUUCGAGCUGCCCCCCGGCCUGCCCGAGUUCCUCCAGCUGGUGGCCAACCAACGCCUCGGCCCCGAACAACAGCAGCCGUGGCUCGUGCUGUUCGUGCCGCACGGGGCCGUGCACUUUUUGACUUGCACGACGAUAAGGGCCGGCAAGGUACUGGCCAACGUGACCUGCCGCGUGGACGAGUCGUCACGGGGCGACCUGCUGCCGGAGCACCAGCCCGAGGUCGAGCGUUGGCUGGAGCGUUUCUUCGCUGGCUUCGAGCCGGGCCUCCGGGGACACUUUACCUUCAGGCUGGCAGCGCUGGACGGGCGGAUGGACCGGCUGGUGGCCAUUAGCUGCCGAGUGGGCGUCGGGCUGGCGUAUCUCGGUCACUCGCUCGAGGUGGGCGAGCUGCUGGUGGGCAGAGACGAGGCGAGGGCUCCGGUGGUGUCGGCCACGCCAACCUGCAAGCAGCACCGGCUCGACGAGCGCGAGUCCCUGCUGCUCUACUGGGAUCCUCUGCCCUACUGCGCCUACUGUUAUCUCCUGCUACCCUUUCGGAGGGUCGCCGGGCUGUUGAGGGCGCACCGGCGGACUCGGCACAAGCCACCUCUCGCCAUUGUGCGGUAACCCCAACUCAUCGAAUCGCUUGGACCACAUGGAUUUAAUUACGUACGGACAAAGUGCGCCCAAGACUAUAUUGUUUUGUACAGUGGUGGUGGUAAAGGGAGGUGCCAAGGACAACAGCACCGGUGAUCGUCAAACUUUUGCAUCAACUUUUAUUAUAAUACAUGAGUUUUAUUUUAAUGUUAUACUCGAGUGUCCAAUCGAAUGUUACAGUUUAUUAUCAUCGUCUCCAUGGACAAUACAUUUGUAAUGAGGAUUCAUAUGUAAAUAAGGAUAUUAUUUUUUACGCCUACGCUCAACAUAAAUCACUCAGGAUAUAGUAUAUACUACUAUACAUGGCAUUAUUGUAUAAGUCGAGCGAACCGUAUACCUAUAGGUAAAUUUGUUUUAGGCACGCACUAGAGAAGCAAUACUAUUAAUAAUAAUAAUAAUAAUAGUUUUAAUCGUUCGAAAAUAUAUAAAUAAGUGGAUAAUUACUCUGAUAAGGACUACGAUUAUAUAAAUAUGUGCUUUUAGCCAUCAAUCACAGUUCUGGGAUAAAAAUAUCCGAGAAAACAAGGAGAUACCGUGUGUAUGUGUGUGAAUGAUACGUUUGGUUUUUUUUUUCUUUCUUCAAGAGAAGAAAGAGAAAAGAAAAGAAAAAAAACUAAAAAUUAAUCUUCUUGCCAAAUGUGUGCGUACGAAAUAUGUUGCACGAUUAUCUGCAUCGUGGAAAGUUUUUCAAUUGAUCCGGCGUGCGAGUGCGUGCACACACGAUACUUGUGAUUUGCGUAAACAAAACGUAUACUCGGAGCGUAGAGAAAGAAAAAAAAAAAAAAAAGUCGCUCUGCAGCGAUUGAUCUCUCGCUCCCUCCCCGCCCUGCGCUCUUGUUUUAUCGCGCCAACGAAAUCGCACUGGUGGUUGAUUCGUUGUUUAAAAGAAAGAUAUGUUCGCACACGAAUGUUAUACUUGUGAAGCGAAAGGAAUAAAAAAAAAAAAAAAAAAGUUUAUCAGCCGAA